UGCGGGGGCGGGGCCAGCGGGGACCGUGCCGGGGUGACUGAGCGGUGACACAGCGGUGACACAGCGGUGACACAGCGGCGGCAAUAACGGGAUGGCACAGCUGCGUCAGUGCCACUGCCGCACACUGCUUUGGCACUGGCAUGGGGUGGCACAGCGGUGUCACCGUCACUGGGUCACACUGCUGUGGUGGUGGCAUGUAGUGGCACAGCGGUGUCACCAUCAGUGAGUAAAACAGCUUUGAUGGUGGCAUGUAGUGGCACAGCGGUGUCACCAUCAGUGAGUAAAACAGCUUUGAUGGUGGCAUGUAGUGGCACAGCGGUGUCACCAUCAGUGAGUAAAACAGCUUUGAUGGUGGCAUGUAGUGGCACAGCAGUGUCACCGUCGUUGGGUGACACAGCCGUGGGGUAGGAUGUUAUGACCCCGUUGCUGCUGCUGGCCUCUCGCCAUUCUGUGCCCCUGCACGCUUGCCGGGUGCUGCAUGGCAUCCAUGUCCCAGCGAGUGUGGCAGCAGGGGACAGCCCCAGCACGACACCCCCACCCCUGUCCUCCGUGCCACUGGCACCCACCCAAGCCCCCUGUGCUCAUCCCCCCUGGCCUUGCUGGAGGCUCCGACUGCCCACCACUCCCAGUCAGGUGGAUUUUGUGCACUGGUGUCCCCGCGGCAGGGCCAUCUCUUGCCCCUCCUCCUGCUGUCCCACGUUUUGGGGUCCCUGCAGCGCUGGGCUCACCGGGGCUGGAGGUGGCACCCGUGCCCAGACACGAGCACGCACCCGGCUGGGCUCUGCGGGCUGUCCUGGCUCGGCGCUGGCCAGGAUGACAUGUCCCCAGCGAGGGGUGAGUGUCCCCAGGGCCAGCGGGCGGACCGGGAUGUGCUGCCCAAAUUGCGUCACCCCUGUGACCCGGCACACGCGGGGCAGGGAUUUGCUGUGGGGUCAGCGGGGCCCCCGCAGAGCCUCGUGUGCUGCACACCCACCGUCACCCCUCAGUGCCACAGCCGGGGCUGCAGGGACCCGUGACACCGCCCCGGUGACAGGUUCGGGCAGUUCCAGCCCAAAACAAACAUCCCUGGGUUGGUGGGGGGAGAAGGUGGGGCCGAGGAGGAGCCUCCCCGUCCCGCCGUUAUAUUGAAAGCCCUCCCGAUCUCCCGCUCUCUGCUUCUGUCACAUCGCCAGGUCACAGAAAUGACAUCCUACACAGACAAGGGAGAAAAGCCCCAACGAGGCCGCUUCAUCCAUUUCCACUCCAUCACCUUCUGGGUCGGCAAUGCCAAGCAGGCUGCAUCCUACUACUGCAACAAGCUGGGGUUCGAGGAGCUGGCGUACCGGGGGCUGGAGACUGGCAGCAGGGAGGUGGUGUCACAUGUCAUCAAGCAGGACAAGAUCGUGUUUGUUUUCUCAUCCGCUCUGAACCCAGGGAAUGAGGAGAUGGGGGAGCACCUGGUGAAGCACGGUGACGGGGUGAAGGACAUCGCCUUCGAAGUGGAGGACUGUGACUUCAUUGUGCAGAAAGCCAAGGAGCGUGGUGCUGUGGUGGUGAAGGAGCCGUGGGUGGAGCAGGACAAAUUUGGGAAGGUGAAGUUUGCAGUGAUCCAGACGUACGGUGACACCACCCACACCCUGAUAGAAAAGCUCAACUACAAGGGCCUGUUCCUCCCCGGCUUCCACCCGCCCCUCUUCAAGGACCCCCUGCUGCCCAAGCUACCGAGCACCAAGCUCAGCUUUGUUGAUCAUGUUGUGGGGAACCAGCCUGACCUCCAGAUGGUCCCAGUGGCAGACUGGUACCAGAAGAACCUGCUCUUCCACCGCUUCUGGUCAGUGGAUGACAAGCAGGUGCACACCGAGUUCAGCGCCCUGCGCUCCAUCGUGGUCACCAACUACGAGGAGACCAUCAAAAUGCCCAUCAAUGAGCCAGCACCUGGCAAGAAGAAAUCCCAGAUCCAGGAAUACAUUGAUUACUACGGAGGGGCUGGAGUGCAGCACAUCGCACUGAACACCCCUGACAUCAUCUCAGCGAUCACCAACCUGAAGCAGCGGGGCAUGCAGUUCAUGGAUGUGCCCUCCAGCUACUACCAGAUGCUGCGGGAGAAGCUCAGAACUGCCAAAAUCAAAGUGAAGGAGAACAUUGACAAGCUGGCGGAACUGAAAAUCCUGGUGGAUUUUGAUGAAAAGGGCUACUUGCUCCAGAUCUUCACCAAACCACUUCAAGACAGACCCACAGUGUUUCUGGAGGUGAUCCAGAGGCACAACCACCAGGGCUUCGGCGCCGGCAACUUCAAGUCCCUGUUUGAAGCCAUCGAAAUGGAUCAGGAUGCCAGAGGAAACCUGACUGUCCUGGAGCCCAACGGGGAGACCAAGCGGAUGUAGAGGGUGGCAGGAAGUGCUGCCCUCACCCCCAAGGAGCUGAAUCCCAAAUGAACUGGGAAACACCUGGAGUUUUGGUAAAUAGCCCAGACUUGAGUGCCACGAGCCCAGGGAAGCCACUGCCGAGUUGGACAAUGUGAAAGGACCCAACACCUCUCCCAACCCAGCCUUGGCACUGCCCUUCGGUGACUUCCUGGGAGAUGGGGCAUGGAAAUAGCAAACACACCCUCAAAAAGCAGCUUAAUCUGAUCCAAACCACGGAAUUCUUAACAAAGGCCAGAUUUGAGGCAUGUGCCAAAGACACGCAGCUACAGAGGAAGACAGAAGAAACAACUGGGAGUGCUCAAAUUUAGCCCAUCCAAAGUUUUAAUUUUAGCUACGCAGGAAGCUGCGAAAGCACGGAGGCGUUUGCCUCUCUGCGCAUCUCCUUUUCUAAGAUUUUGGUUUAAUUGCUUUGAGGCUCAAUCUUGAAUUCGAAUUUGCUGAGAAUAAACAUGGUUUUAGGGUAGCUCCAAUACUCUGGAAUGAGAAUUAAUUGUAUUUACAUAUUUCAGCCUUCCCAAGGCAACAGAGUCGUGCUCUA